AUGUCAGGAGUGAUGACUUCCUCGGAGUCCGAUCUUACUCUUCUCGAGGCUAUCCGAGAGCAUCUCCUCCGUGAUGAUCAAUUUGAUAUCUCUUCUGAUUCUGAUUCUCCGAUGAAUUGUCGGAGUUCGAGCUUCAGUAACAUCUUUCUGUCGGAGAACUGGAGUGCUGAUCUGCCCUUCACGGAGCUGGACGACACCGAUGACAUGGUCGUUUACGGAGCUCUCAGCGACGCAGCCAACUCCGGAUGGAGCCCCUCCACCGAAGAAAACGCAUCUCCGGCGAAAACCGAGUGUUUCAUCCAUGAUCUUCAGGCUACCCCGGCGGCGUGUGGGCAUGAUGACACAUCAGUGGCGGCGCUCGAGAGUCACGCGCCGCCGCAAUGUGGAAGUAAUAUGCAUUUUAGAGGGGUGAGGCGGAGGCCGUGGGGGAAGUACGCGGCGGAGAUUCGUGACCCGAAGAAGAACGGGAAGAGGAUUUGGCUCGGGACUUACGAGACGCCCGAGGACGCGGCGUUGGCCUAUGACCGGGCGGCUUUUGAGAUGCGGGGAGCCAAGGCCAAGCUCAAUUUCCCUCACCUCAUUGGCUCGGAGGCUCGGGAGCCGGUUAGGAUAAAGCCAAAGCGCCGUUCGCCGGAGCCUUCGACGUCCUCGUCAAUGUGGGAAUUCAGCUCACUGAGUCCGGCCAAAAGGAGACAGAUCGGGGUUGGUUCGUCGGAAGAUAUUAAAUUUAGUGACGAUUAUGAUUGUUUGAUGAAUUGGGAGUAUUGGAAUAAUACUAUGUAG